AAAUGAGCCUGCUUUUAAAUUCUGGCUGCGUUCCAAGGUGACCAGUCCCUGUAAACCUCUAAUCUGCUCUUCACCAUUCAUGCCCUUUGUGCCUCUGGGGCGUGGUGAAAUUUGAUUAGUCAAUUUCACUUUGUUUCUGAUUUCUCCUGUGUUGAUUUGCAGAGGCUGGGGGCCCAACACUGGUUUUGGAGGCGGAGUCUUUAAAGUUUUGUCAAACCAGCCCCCCUCCCCCAAAUAGGGGGAAAGUUGUGUGACAUUUUGUAACCCUGGCCUUGUGCAACUUAAUUGUUUUUCUUACACACCUGGCCCUGAUCCUGCAACGGGAUUUCAGAAACAAGCCUAAUCUGUCCUCUCUAGGUUCUUAUUCCACUCUUAUCACCGCAGUAUCUGAAUGCCUUCCAGUCGUGCAUUAAAUGAUGUGACUUCACAUCUGUCAUGUGGCUUGUUCUCUCAUCUUCUCCCUUGAAGGAGAAGUGAGGGCAGUGGAGUGUCUUGUCGUUUCUGAGGUUCUGGUAGGUCAAAGAAACGCAUCUGGAUUUGGGAUGGUCCCUGGUUCAUGUGGCAGGUAGUUCCACAGUCUACAACCAGACCCUGAGGAAACUCUGUCUCCUGCACAGGUGAACUUCACCGUGGUGUGGAGGAAUUCUUAGCCAAAGCCAAAGAAGACUUCCUUAAGAAAUGGGAGAGCCCCUCUCAGAACACGGCCAGUUUGGAUCAGUUUGAUCGAAUCAAGACCCUGGGCACGGGCUCAUUUGGGAGGGUGAUGCUGGUGAAACACAAAGAUACCGGGAAUCACUAUGCCAUGAAGAUCCUGGAUAAACAGAAGGUAGUGAAGCUGAAACAAAUUGAGCACCCCCUCAACGAGAAACGGAUCCUCCAGGCCAUCAACUUUCCAUUCUUCACCGAGCUAGAGUAUUCUUUCAAGAACCAAAGCUGUGCUGAAGGGGUCGAAGGGCACAGUCUGCAUCUCUUGUAUCCUGAGAACAAACCUUCCUGGCGUGACGUCUGGGAUCAGGAUAACUCCAAUCUGUACAUGGUGAAGGAAUACAUCCCGGGCGGGGAGAUGUUCUCCCACCUACGGCAGAUCGGGAGGUUCAGUGAACCUCAUGCCCAGUUCUACGCUGCGCAGAUCGUCCUGACCUUUGAGUAUCUGCACUCGCUGGAUCUCAUCUACCGAAACCUGAAGCCAGAGAAUCUCCUGAUAGACCAGCAGGGCUACAUCUUGGUGGCGGAUUUUGGUUUUGCCAAGCAGGUGAAAGACCGAACCUGGACUCUGUGUGGGACCUCAGAAUACCUGGCCCCCGAGAUCAUCCUCAGCAAGGGUUAUAACAAGGCUGUGGACUGGUGGACUCUGGGCAUCUUCAUCUAUGAGAUGGUGGCUGGUUACCCCCCAUUCUUCACGGACCAGAUCAUGAAGCUCUAUGAGAAGAUUGUCUCUGGCAAGUUUCAGUUCCCGGCUUACUUCAGCUUUGACCUGAGGGGCCUGCUCCGGAACCUGCUGCAGGUGGACCUCACCAAACGCUUUGGCAACCUCAAGAACGGGGUCAACGACAUCAAGAACCACAGGUGGUUUGCUACCACCGACUGGAUCGCCAUCUACCAGAGGAAGGUGGAAGCUCCCUUUAUACCAAAGUGCAACGGCCCCGGAGACACAAGUAACUUCAACGACUGUGAGGAAGAGGAGAUCCGGGUCUCCAGCACUGAGACGUGCGCCGAGGAGUUUGCUGAGUUCUAGGGCGAGCGGCCCCCCCGGGAGGGUGCGCACAGAGCAGGUGGGGGCGGGGUUGGAUUUGAUCAAGAAAAAGACCCGAGUUCCUUGCCUGUGUGCUUUAUUUUUGUAGGCGGGGGGUAGGGAUUUGCCUGGAUCUGGUUUGGUGGGGAGCGGGAGACCCCUUAUUCUAAACCUGUAUCCUCCCCCCAAAAUCCCCCUUUCCCACAAAGAAGCUUGAGAGUCCCGUCUAGAGGGUGGGGGUAUCAUCCGCCCCGCCCUGGGAAAUACAUCUGUGUCCUCCGACAAAACUUGUUUCGGAAAAAACAAAACAACCCCCCCAGCUCCCACUUCCUCUUUAACAGUGUGCUUUGUUGUCAACAUAUUUGAAACAAUUACCAAUAAAGUUUUGUU